AAGAGGGUGGGUAUCCACCUGGGAAGAGCUCCAUCACAUCGCAUCUCCAUAGCUGACUGCUGCACUCAAUCCAGAGGCUCCAGCUGCAAGGCCAUGUAUGUCCAUGAGGACUACCCUUAUCCACUCAAUCCCCUGACCAAGAGCUAUGGAUACUAUCCACAAGGACAGAUGAAUUCGGUUUGCCGGGCAAGCUGUGGUGAAGCAGAGCUGAUGUCACUUCCAGUUAAUGCGGCGCUUCAGGGGCGAGAACUGUGGGACAAAUUUAACAACGUUGGCACGGAGAUGCUCAUCACUAAAACAGGAAGACGCAUGUUUCCCAGCUGCAGAGUCACAGUGAUGGGACUCAACCCCAAAGUCAAGUAUGUGCUGAUGAUGGACAUGGUGCUGUUUGAUAAUAACAAGUACAAGUGGAACAGGGAUCACUGGGAGGUGAGCGGCAAAUCCGAACCCCACCUGCCAAACCGCUUCUUCAUCCACCCGGACUCGCCCGCUUUGGGAGAAAGGUGGAUGCAGUAUCCAAUCUCCUUCCAUAAACUCAAGCUCACCAACAACGCACUCAACUCUAAAGGCCUGGUGGUGCUUCAUUCCAUGCACAAAUAUCAACCUCGUCUACACAUAGUGCAGGCUCCAGACCCUUUUGGAGGCCAUAGCGGUGGAUACCUGAGGUUUACCUUCUCAGAGGCAGCCUUUAUAGCAGUCACGUCCUACCAGAACCAAGAGAUCACAAAGCUGAAGAUCGACAACAACCCCUUUGCCAAAGGCUUUCGUGACAAUGGACUUGGCAGGAAAAGGUUUAGAGAUAAGGAGAUGCAUCAGAGGUCAGAUUCAGGGCAGCAACAGAACACGACACUUAAUCAUCAAGUAAGUCUCCUGGACACGGAUGAGGAAGAUGAACAAGUCUCCAGCUCAGCAGAAUCCACUAGUGCACUGUACCUACCGGUCAUGAAGGCUGCGUCCGUGCUCGUCUCCAACCCUGUAUCAUCAGCAUUUACGAAGUGUGGAGGUGUGGGAUUGGCCUGUGGUGAGGAGGGAUUGAGCCAGAGCACUAUUCCCCAUCAAUCCCAGCGUAUACUCAAGAGCAGGAACAAAGACGCCAAAAGGCCUGAUAUCAAUCUCCAGUAUAUGCAUGCCUCUUUGCCGGAAGCCCAUAGCACCCGAAUGUCAAUGCCGCCGCUGCAGCAGCCGCCAUGUCGCAGCUCAGACAUCCAGACUCCAGCUGCACACCAGAUUUACUCAACCCAAGCCAAACUCCACCAGUCCCUCUACCCGGCCCCCAAACUCAGUCGAAUAGAGCUACCUGAAAGUGUCUUUAGGAGCCUGGAUUCAAAUCCGAAGCCCUUAUCUGACAUUUACAACACAAUCCAGACACGAGUGGUAGCCAAGGAUUCACAAAUUAGUCCCCAACACGAGCAGACAGCCUCAGGCUCAAAUAGGGAAGCGAAAGCCCUGAUUUCCCCAGCUGUCCAGAACUGCAGUGUGGCAUUUUGCACUGAACAAUAUCCUGGCCAUACAACAGAGUGGCCUGCUUUCAAUGGGAACACUGGGCAAAGUAGCACUGAGCCCAGAUCAGUGGCAUCUUCACACUUGGGGGAAUACGCUAGAGAAAGUGCUGUUAGUUCAUGACUCAAAUAAAACCUCCGCAUUCUUUCUCUGAGCAGGAAUAU